AUGGUUGGCGACUACGGUAUCGGUGUGGCCCCCGGCGCCCAGUUCAUCGCGUGCCUCGGCUUGUACAAGGGCAGCGGCACGAACGCGGCUUUGAUCGAGUGCGCCGAGUUUAUGAUGUGCCCAACCGACACGGACGGGUCGCACCCCGACUGCAAGAAGGGCGCCAACGUCGUCAACAACUCGUGGGGCAGUGACUCGAGCACCGACCCGUGGUACCAGGACGUCGUUGACGCGUGGCACAAGGCCGGUAUUACGCCCAUCUUUGCCAACGGCAACGAAGGCCCGGCCUGCGCGACGGCCGGCAACCCGGCUAGCUACCCCAACGUCAUCUCGGUGGGUGCGAUUGGGUCGCGCACGGACGACCCGACGCAGCUCGCGUACUUUUCGUCCAAGGGCCCGGCCAAGUACGUCGACCGCUUGAACCAGGUGCACACGAUCGUCAAGCCCGAUGUCUCGGCGCCCGGCUUCUUUACGUACUCGGCCGUCAACUCGAGCGAUACGUUCUACGACUACAAGGCGGGUACGUCGAUGGCGGCGCCCCACGUCGCCGGUGUCGUCGCCCUCCUCAAGUCGGUGCAGAAGGAUCUGACGUACGACGAGAUUUACCACUUCCUCACGACGACGACGGAGCAGUCGAUUCUGCAGGCCGAGCCGGAGAAGUGGCUCCUCACGCGCAACCGCACGCUUCCGGGCGCGCCCAACUGCGGUGGUGUCGACGACAAGGUGUGGCCCAACAACCGGUACGGUUACGGUCGCGUCAACGUCGCCAAGAUCGUCAAGGACGGCAAGCUCCCGUCCGGCCCGGCGACGCCCGCCCCGACCGCGGUGCCCACGCCGGCUGAGUUUUCACUCUGCAACUACAAGCACAACGUCCUCUCCGAGUGGAAUGGCCAGCUCUUUGUCGACACGGAGAAGAAGAACUUGAACGAGAAGUUCUGGUACAACUUUGACGACAAGUCGAUCCAGUCCCAGAGCAGCAACGAGACGUGCCUCGAUGUCUACCAGGACGCUCAGGGCGCCAACAAGCUCCGCCUCUACACGUGCACGGGCAGCUCGGCGCAGAAGUGGGACUUUGAGCCCAACUCGCACAGCCUCCGCCACUUGACGGUGCGCAACCUCUGCCUCGAUGCACGGGGGGUGUAA